AUACAUAUAGCAGCUGGAUGUCAAAAGUGCGGAACUCCAUGAGUCGAGUAGUGCCCAACACAAUUUGUAGCUCAACAGAAGCUGGCGCAACGUACGAGAGCCCUUGCUGAUUCAAAACUCAAAGCACCUCACUCAGUUUGCACUUCGUCCACACUAUCAUACCGCCGCCACCAAUCCUCACCAACUUGUAUCACGAUGGACGAGCAAGCGCUAUUCGAGCAAGAAGUCGCUCAGCUGAAAGAAUGGCAGAGUCAACCUCGGUUCUCGCGUACCACACGACCUUAUCCCCCUUCCGAAGUCAUCAACAAGCGUGGCACUUUGCAGAUCCAGUACCCCUCCGAUACCAUGGCCAAGAAGCUUUGGAAGACCUUGGAAUCCAAGAGUCGAGGAGAAGGAGGAGGCUGCUCCAUCACUUAUGGAGCAUUGGACCCCGUUCAAAUAACACAGAUGGCAAAGCACCUCGAGACGGUUUAUGUGUCCGGCUGGCAAUGCUCAUCCACCGCUAGCUCUUCACUUGAGCCUGGACCGGAUCUUGCGGAUUACCCAUCCAACACUGUUCCAAACAAGGUAGCUCAACUUUUUACUGCACAACAAUUUCAUGAUCGGAAACAACGCUGGACUCGAGCACAGGCUCGAGCGAGGGGAGAGACCCUGCCAGCACCGAUCGACUAUCUCAGACCAUUGGUCGCGGAUGCAGAUACGGGACAUGGAGGAUUGACCGCCGUGAUGAAGUUGACAAAGAUGAUGGUUGAAGCUGGUGCGGCGGGAAUUCAUGUGGAAGAUCAAGCACCAGGAACCAAAAAGUGCGGACAUAUGGCUGGCAAGGUCCUCGUGCCCAUUUCCGAACACAUCAACCGACUCAUUGCGAUGCGACUGCAAUGCGACAUCAUGGGAGUGACCAAUCUUGUCAUCGCUCGAACGGACUCGGAAGCUGCGACUCUGAUCACGUCCAACAUUGAUCCGAGAGAUCACGCCUUUAUUCUAGGCAGUACGAACUCCUCCUGCCAGCCUUUAGUAGAAGUCAUGCUGGAGGCUGAACAACAAGGCAAAUCUGGAUCUGAACUCCAGGCGAUCGAAGACGAAUGGAUGAAGAGUGCCAAGCUGGCCCUGUUGCCCGAUCUGCUUGCUGCCUCGCUCAAAAGCAACGGCAUCAGCUCUGAGAAAGUGGACAACUUCUUACAUCUGAUCUCGAAUCAACACCUUUCCAAUCGGAAGAUGAUAGAUCUGGCGCAAAAGACAGGACUGAAGGAGGUUCCCUACUUUGACUGGGAUACACCUCGGACGAGGGAAGGAUACUACCGAUACCAGGGUGGAACACGUUGUGCCAUCAAUCGCGGCGUGGCAUUCGCACCGUACGCCGAUCUCUUAUGGAUGGAAACCAAAUCCCCAAUCUAUGCUCAAGCCAAAGAAUUCGCAGAAGGUGUCCACAAAGAGAGACCUGGUCAAUGGUUGGCUUAUAAUCUCAGUCCGAGUUUCAACUGGGAACAAGCGGGCCUCGGCAAGCAGGAUAUGAAGGAAUAUGUUUGGAAAUUGGGAGAGCUGGGAUUCAUCUUCCAAUUCAUCACGCUUGCUGGACUCCAUUCCAACGCAUAUAUCAACGAGCUGUUCGCCUCAAGCUUCAAGACCGAGGGUAUGAAAGCUUAUGUCGAGUUGAUCCAAAGUCGAGAAAGAGAAAUUGGCUGUGAUGUCUUGACACAUCAAAAGUGGUCAGGAGCAGAUUACGCCGAUUCAAUGAUGAUGACUGUGACGGGCGGGAUAUCGUCCACCGCCGCCAUGGGCAAAGGAGUCACCGAGAGUCAAUUUACCGCUGUAAAGACCCCCAACGGCCACGCUUGAUCUCCGCGCUCUGAUGUUGCACGUGCUUUGUACCAAAGUCAGUUCCUGUACGUAUAUUCGUUCACCGCCAUUUGUAUGCAACGAGUACCCUGUA